AUGCGAGACAUUAAUAUUUCAACAAAAACAAAUGAAAAUGAUCUUAAUGAAAAAAAUAUAUCAAUUGAUGAACCAUUAUUACGUGAUAAUCCAUCACGUUAUGUUUUAUUUCCUAUAAAAUAUCAUAAUAUAUGGAAAUUUUAUAAACGUGCAUUAGCAUCAAUAUGGACAUGUGAAGAAGUUGAUUUAGCUAAUGAUAUGAAUGAUUGGUUACGUCUUACAACUGAUGAACAAUAUUUUAUUAAACAUGUAUUAGCUUUUUUUGCUGCUAGUGAUGGUAUUGUUGGUGAAAAUUUGGUAGAAAAAUUUUCAUCAGAAGUACAAAUUCCUGAAGCACGUUGUUUUUAUGGUUUUCAAAUAACAAUUGAAAAUAUUCAUUCAGAAAUGUAUAGUUUACUUAUUGAUACAUAUAUUAAAGAUCCACGUGAACGAGAUAUUUUAUUUAAUGCUAUAUCAACAUUACCUUAUGUAAAAAAGAAAGCUGAUUGGGCUAUUCGUUGGAUAAAUGAAAAAACUCCAUUUGCUGAACGUUUAGUUGCAUUUGCUUGUGUUGAAGGAAUUUUUUUCAGUGGUUCAUUUGCAGCUAUUUUUUGGUUACGUGAACGUGGUAUUAUGCCUGGUCUUACAUUUAGUAAUGAAUUAAUUAGUCGUGAUGAGGGUUUGCAUACAGAUUUUGCUUGUUUAUUAUUUGAAUAUAUUGUUCAUAAACCAAGUGUUGAACGUAUUGAAGAAAUUCUUCGUGAGGCUGUUAAUAUUGAAAUUGAAUUUCUUACUGAUGCUUUACCAUGUUCACUUAUUGGAAUGAAUGCAUCAGCAAUGGCACAAUAUAUUAAAUUUGUUGCUGAUCGUUUAUUAGUUGAACUUGGUUGUACAAAAAUUUAUCAUUGUGAUUGUCCAUUUGAUUUUAUGCAUAAUAUAUCAAUAACUGGUAAAACAAAUUUUUUUGAAAAACGUGUUGGUGAUUAUCAACGUGCUGGUGUUAUGGCUGCAACAAAUGAACAUAAAUUAACACUUGAUGCUGAUUUUUAA